AUGGCUGCGCCAGUUGUCUCUUCUGAGGAACUCGCCUCUUUCCACGCGACGCAUUUCUCUUCGAGCGCAGCCGACUACUUUGCGCAGCACUUUCUUGGUCCCGUUGAUGAUGAGCACUACGUGGAAAAUGGAGAAGAAGAAGACGACGGUAUUGGCUACUACGAAGAUGGUGUAAAGCGUACCUUGACCGAUCAGCAAAUUGCCAUCUUCAGGCACUCCGAGAUUCAAGCUCUACUGCGCGAACGACGACAUGCGGCAGAAGCGAAAGAUGACGAGAUCCAUAUUGAAGCUGCAGCUCCCAUGAUCGGACCUGUACAACCCGAAAAGAGCAAUAGCGACCUGGCAGUAAAGCCAAUACUUGGGGACCGUGAGAUGGAAGAUGGCGAGGUUGGAGACAACACCACGUCCGAUGCUCCCACGCCCACUUCCCAAUCUUCAAAUAAGAACAGACGCCCAUUCUCGAAAUCGAAAGCCAAGAAGGCAGACCGUGGCAAACAACGAGGUUACUAUAAGGAGGUAGUCAAGCCUGACUUGAGAAAGAGGACUUGGGAUGUUGUAGAGCAAGGACUCGGAAGCUUGGACUAUGAUGAGGGUAGUUCGAAUAUGGCUCCUUCGCAUCCAGCGCAGAGAAGACGGAUCACUUACGAGGAUUGA